UGUGCCGUGUGUGGUGCUGUGGUCCGUGGUGUGAGUACCGAGCUAACCGAGCAACAUUUCUUUCGGAGCAUCGUGCGCGAGCGUAUCUGUUGGAUCUUGUUGGCCGUUAUCGUGCCGAAUCGCGACUGUGGGAGAGUCCGAGUCCUUCAGUCGUGGUAAUUCUCUUAAUUGAGAAUCGCAUCGAGUCGAUACCGGUGGCUCAACUCCUGAAUCCCUGAUUCUCGAAUCUCGGCGCAAGCGAGGAGCUGAGAUCAGUGAGGUCUGAGGACGCGCGAGCACCUGACGAGAAUCAAGCGAGUGCCAGAGCCGGAGCCUUCUCGUGUCAGUCCGGUCAGUCGUGUCACCGAGGCCGGAGGCCGAAGGCGAGGAAGUGUCGAUUGUCGAUUCGCUGCCGAAACUGCCCAACAGCCAUGGCUGCGAUGUCCGUGAUCGGGAUCGACUUUGGAAACGAGAGCUGUUACGUGGCUGUGGCCCGCGCGGGUGGCAUCGAGACUAUAGCCAACGACUACAGUCUUCGCAGUACUCCGUCAUGCGUGGCAUUUAGUGGAAAAAACCGAAUACUCGGAGUAGCAGCUAAGAACCAAAUGGUGACCAAUUUGAAGAACACUAUCCAUGGUUUUAAAAGAUUAUUAGGUAGGAAAUACAAUGAUCCACAAGUUCAAUACGAGUUGCGGUUUCUUCCAUAUAAAAUAACUCCGCAAGCUGAUGGAAGCAUCAAUAUACACGUACAAUAUCUAGGAGAAGAACAUGUCUUUUCACCGGAGCAAAUUACCGCUAUGCUCUUUACAAAAUUGAAAGAGAUUUCUGAAACAGCGCUACAAACUGCUGUUAAUGAUUGUGUCAUAUCAAUUCCUUCAUAUUCUACUCAAGCUGAACGUCAAGCUCUGCUUGACGCUGCUAGAAUUGCAGGCCUUAAUGUUCUAAGAUUAUUUAACGAGACCACUGCUACUGCUCUUUGUUAUGGUAUUUAUAAGCAAGAUUUGCCAGCACCAGAGGCACCUCCUAGAAACAUUGUUUUUGUGGAUUGCGGUAACGCCAGCUUGCAAGUGAGCGUUUGUGCCUUUCAUAAAGGUAAACUUAAGAUGUUGGCGAGUACUGCUGAUAAUUUUGAACGUGUUGAGAAAACACUUAAGCGUUGUUUGUCAGAUUCGAAAUUGAAGCUAGAGGAAAUUCAUGCGGUUGAGUUGGCGGGAGGAUCAAGUCGCGUUCCUGCUAUCAAGCGUUUAGUAGAGGAAGUCUUUGGUCGACCGGUAUCGACAACACUGAAUCAAGACGAGGCAGUCGCUCGUGGUUGCGCGUUACAGUGUGCUAUGCUCAGCCCUGCCGUGCGUGUCCGUGAAUUUUCUGUUACGGAUAUACAACCAUACCCUUUGAAAUUGACGUGGGAUGCUACUCAAGGCGAGGAAGGCGAAAUGGAAGUAUUUGGACAUAAUCAUCCUGUGCCGUUCUCAAAAAUGUUGACGUUUUAUCGUUCGAGUCCGUUCACGCUAACUGCUAGUUACAGUGUACCGCCUCCGUGUUAUCCGCAAACAUAUAUUGGAACGUUCACGAUAAAGAACGUAAAGCCUACUCCUGAAGGUGAAUCAGCAAAAGUCAAGGUAAAGGUAAGAGUGAAUUUAAACGGCAUUUUAACCAUUGCGUCGGCUUCGCUUAUCGAAAAACGUGAGCCGACUCAACAAGAGAAGGAAGAAGAAGAGGCUCAACAACAGCAGCAGCAGCAACAACAACCACAACAACAGAAUAGUAUGGAUGUCGAAUCACAAGCGACAGAUAAAAAAGAUAAAUCUGAUCAAGAUGCACAGGCUAACGAACCACCAGCUCCAGAGGUGAGCAUGGAUAAGACACGACGGAACUCAGAUGCUGAUGAUGGUGGAAAAGGUGCUGGGGGUUCUGCCCCUUCCUACUCCUCCAGGAUUCUCUCUUGGUUCAGCUCGGGGGAUGAUAAAGGCGACGAUAAAAGUAAAAAAAAGAUUCCCAUUCGUACAAUCGAUUUACCUAUUGAAGCUAAUGUUUGCGGACUAUCUCCGCGAGAUCUCGAUGCCGCAGUAGAAAAAGAGGGCAAAAUGGUUGCUGAAGAUAAACAGGAAAAAGAGCGAGUUGACGCGCGUAAUGCCUUGGAAGAAUAUGUUUAUGACCUGCGCGCUAAAUUGUCCGAAGAGGAUCAAUUAGCUACAUUCAUCACAGAAACGGAUAAAGAAGCGCUAUGUCGUAUAUUAGAUGAUACCGAAAAUUGGCUCUAUGAAGAAGGAGAAGAUUGUCAACGACAGAUUUACUCGGAGCGAUUGACGCGCUUGAAGUCUCAAGGGGAACCAAUAAAGGAAAGGAGAUCAGAAUUUGAAGGGAGAUCUUACGCAUUAGAAGAAUUAGGAGUGGCAUUACAACUGGCUAAGAAAAGUUUGGAUCAAAUAAAAAUGUCAAAUGGAAAGGAUGACAAAUAUUCUCAUUUAACAGAGGAAGAAGUGAAAACAGUUGAGAAAACUGUGCAAGAGAAAUGGACAUGGUUGGAAGAGAAACGUAUUCUACUUGCGAGUACACUUCGCACGCAACAACCACCAGUUACUGUAGCGCAGAUUCGAGCUGAGAAACAAGCAUUGGACAGUGUGGUACUACCUAUUCUCAAUAAGCCUAAACCUAAAGUAGAACCGCCCAAGGAGGAAAAACCAAAAGACAAGCCUACUGAUGAACAGAAAAAUAACCAAAAUCAAAAUGCCCAAGGUAACAAUCACAGUCAAUCCAAUCAACAACAGCAGCAGCAGCAGCAAACAGAGGGAGAAAAAAUGGAUGUUGAGUAACGGUCACCGCAACUUAUGCGUUUUUAAUAAUAUUAAAUCUACCAUAAUUGAAAUAAGAAAUAUUUCAUUUGGAUAAAUCGUGUUUAUUAUGUCUCGAAAGCGCCUGACAUGUGGUUUGAUUGCACAUACUAUUGUCGUUUAUUCCGUUUCUUUUGUUUUUUUCUUUUUUCUCUGUAACAUCUAUCAAUCUGGUAAAUUAAUCUAUUUAAUGGUAUACAUAUAUAAAAUCAUGAGCGUAAGCCUAUCGCGCAAAACCGAAAGAAAUAAUAUAAAUUUGUGAAACUUGGAAUAUGCGAAAGAAAUAAUCUUUUAGUUAAAAGCAGCUUGUUAUGGCAUUCAUGAUAUAUAUUGCAAAUGAAUUAUAAUCUGGAUAAAUUAGAGAAGCACGAUCGCCUCGAACUAUGGAAGUUUUUUUAUAUAGACUAAAGGUUUUUUUUUCUUUUCAACUUUUUAGUAAUCUUUUAAAUGCACAUAACUGAAUUACACAGAAUAGAUGUUUAAAAAGGAUUUCGAAAACUAUUGCCAGUAGAAAGAAUUAAUAUGUUGCGACUUUUAAUGUAUAAAGUGAGUGCUAAGUUAGAUCUAAUUGAUAAAAUUAAAUUGUGAACUAGAUAAUGUCGCUGGCGAUCUUAUGUAUUUAAUAAUACAAUUGUUCAUUCCAACAUUUUCUCACAGCCGACAGCAAAUACUGUCAAAUUUUUUUGUUGCAUUUAAGAUACUUGAAAAAAUUAAUAUUUCACUAUUUGAAAUUGUGCUAAAUCUGUUUUAAUUUUGGGAAUAACAUCUAUAAAGAUGUUACAAGAAUUUAUUGCAAUUUCUUUUUCUUUUUCUUUCUUUUUUUUUUUUUUUUUAGUUUCAAUUGGACUUGAGUCAUUGUUUUUAGUGCAAAAGUCACUUUCUAGAGAAUUGUAAUUCAACUAGAUAUAUCGUUGUACAUAACUUGUAGGCAUCUACACAAUGACAUAGUAUAUUUCUUUAUCUCUCAUGAUAUUUAUAUUUCUAUAUUACUUCGCGGCACGUAGAAAAUUCAUUGUAGCGAAGAUUUAGUUGUUCCUAGAAUAUGCAAGAUAGGCGGUCCAUAUUUCAUUUUUACGCCUAACUUUGUUCCCAGUUCCCACGUCGCUUUUAGCAACUAAGAGUCGCAAAUUAUUACAUAUGUAUAGUAUACUUACUAUUAGGAAGAUGUAAAAAAUGUGAGUGUUAAAAAUACUUGGCUUUUUUGAAUCAUAAAAGUUUUCACCACA